AUGGCAUCAGCGGGAAUCAAAGAGCUUUUAUCACCUUUCAGAAAUUUAUCCAUAUUUCUCCUAGAGCUAUGUGAACUCGAUUACACGCUAUUUUUGCCUUACAUGAGCCUUUUGCCCCGAUAUCUUGAUGGAAAUAGUUAUUCGCUCCGAAAUGCAGCUCUUUCUAUAAUGGGUGAAAUGAUAAUCAAAACUAGACAAACAGCCAUCGAUGAAGGCAUUUUGGAAGAAAAGAACGAAGAUGAUGAAGGCCAAACAAGGGAAACAUACUUUAUAUAUAUCAAAGAUCAUAUUUACGACACAAACGCUUUCGUUAGGAGCAAAUGUUUUCAAAUUCUUUGCCGGAUUUAUUCUUCGUCCAAUAUGCAGGCUUUACCCCGCUCCAUAUUUCCCUCAUUUCUGAACAAAGCCCAGGACCGACUAAACGAUAAAUCCAGCAACGUUAGAAAAAACGCACUUCAGUUUUUGACACUUACUCUCACCUGUAACGGUCAUCUAUCCAUACCUUUGGAUAUUUUAGCAGAAAAUAUCAAAGUAUAUGAACAAAAAAUCGCACAAAAUUUGAUGAAAUGUGCCGACCUAGUUAGUUCCCAUAUGGUCAAUCUGAAAAAUAAUAAUGAACAGAAUCUUAUGACACAAAUUAUAGAUGGACAUGAUAAAAACGAUCUAAAUAUAGGUGAACAAAAGGAUCUAGAUCAGCAUGGCGAUGGAGAAGGACACGUGAUAAUGGACGAAAAAAUCAACGAACUUAACAAGCAGAUUAAGCAGGACAUGGCUAAUUAUGAUUAUAUGAAGUUUUGCCUAGAGCACUCUACUUUAGUGACCCAAGAAAUAUACCCCACUGUUUUGGAUACAAUGAUCUACUCCAAAAAUCAGACAGAUUGCAUUGAAGCGAUAUCUUUUCUCGUCACUGGUUUAAAGCUGAAAAUUCAUCGUCUAGGGAUGUUGGGAAUUAAGGCGUGUUUAAAUCACCUCUCAUAUUCUGGCAGCAACUCUAAUAUGCAAAAUAAUACCAACACUGACAGUAUUAAAGAGAAGGUUGUCAAUACUUUUGCUAAUUUAUUUUUUGCCGCAACCGAGCCCAAAUCAGAGCAGGAUAACGAUUGCGAAAUAGAUAACGACAACCGAUGGUCAAAGAAAAGCAACAACAAAACCGCUCCUAGCAAGGACAUUCUGAAUAACUUUUUGGACUUUCUCGAACACCUGGAUGACAACGAAAUGAUAUCCUUUGAAGAAUUGGUCAAAGAAUUUCUGAAACUAGAACUAUUUCCCAAUGACUUUCCAUCCCUGCUCAUGCAAAAAUCUAAAAUGAUAUCCAAUAACCUAAAACGUCAUAAUCCCCUACAAGAUGUUGAACAAAGCAAUUAUUCUAAUGAUAAAACCUUGCUCAACACUACCACCAAAGUGGAAUAUUCCCGAUUGAUAAAUACCUUUAAAUCGCUCAUAGAAUUUAUUAGAAUGUUGGAGUUGGGCUCACAAGAUAUUGAUAACAGUUUGUGUUGGAACAACAUGGAAACAUUAAUUCACCUAGGAUUGGAUGACUACAAUGAAAUAGAUAGACCUGAUACAGAUGACAAUGGAACUAACGUUCUCAAUCGGGCAAGAAUUUUGUGCACAGCUAUGAUCAAAUUAAGAAGGGAAACUAAGAUCUUAGAAGGCAAAGUAAUCUGCAAGGCACGGCGAUUGCCCACAACCCAUAUUAUGUUUACCAAAAUGAUUAAUUUACUCAUUUCAAAAUUCGACACUGAGACGGAAAAGAAUGAUUACUGGAGUCCAUUAGCUCAGGUUGUUAUUGAAUUAAUAUAUUCCUUGUGCGAAAAUCCCGAAUUUUUAUGUCACAAAAUAUUGUCAACCUUAACGGUCAUAUAUUUUCCCAAGAGGAAUGGCGAAAUUAUAAUUAAAGGUUUACUUAUUUUUAAUGAAAUAUUAUACCAUAUAUGGUGA